UGAAAUCAGAAAAUCAUGUGUAGUGAAUAAAUUCUUACUCCGAUUUCAUCAUCAUCUUCAAUAUUUUGUAAAUUAAUCUUAUCUCAUACUUCUGGAGUAGCAACAACAUGUAAUUUGUUUAACGAUAUACAUACAUAAUACUUAAAAAAUAUAAAAAACAAACUAAAAACUAUAAUUGUAUAAAAAUAGGGCGUGGGUCAUAGAUGGUCACGUUUUAAUUAUUUGAGAACUUGGUCGGUAAGUUGGUGAAUACUAUACACAAAUAUGUAGAAAUUUCUCCUUGCAUCGAUACGACACGACUGGCAUGAGCAAUUUAACGACCGUGAUUGAGAGUGUCCAAAAGUGUCGUCGCCAUUGGACACUUAAGGGAUCGAUAGACGUUUAAUAAUCUCGAUAAAGUUUCUAACAAUAAUGUCAAAUAGUGAAGAAACGAGCUAAGUGAUUGAGUAAUCAGUGAAUUUUGUAGUAUUGAUCGUUUACAAGUGUGUUUAGAAGAUGCAGAGGCAAUGACAGCAGUGGUGCUCUCCCAUUACUCGUUACUCACACUCUUCCUCCUCAACAAUAUCACCGUUCCUUGUCCCUCUGUCUACGAUCGUGUUGUUGGCUGCCGCUAUCUCUGUAAUGGUGGCAAUGCUGUUGCUGUUGCUUAUGUUUGUCGUAAAUCAUCGUCCACGAAGACCAACAACGACGAUAUUUCUGGAUAUUUAAUAAUUCACGUGUAACGUGGAACAAUACUCCCGGUGAUAUGCCCCUACCACCGGCGUCAGUUGUGGGCGAGUCGUCAGGCUACAACUUUGAGAAAGAGGAGAAGUGGAAGGGAGUCUUUGUUAACUCUCUUAGAAAGGUAUUAGAACAAGUACAUCCUAGUUUAGAAGCUAGACAAGAUGCGUUAGACUAUGUUGAAAGUCUCAUCUUGAGGAUGCUGGGCAUGCUAUGUGGUCAUCCACCUCCUCAUACUCCUCAAGACAUCGAGGAAAGAGUAAGAAAAACUUUUCCUACUCCAAUUGAUAGAUGGGCCCUCAGGGAUGCCAGAGAUGCAUUGGAGAAGGGGAAAAAGAAAUCACCAUUGGUUCUUCCUGUUGACAAAAUUCAUCAGCUACUUCAAAAGGAAGUCAUACAGCAUAAGAUUGAUUCUCAAGUCAGCCUUUUUGUCGUCGGAGUGUUGGAGUAUAUUUCUGCUGAUAUAUUAAAAUUGGCUGGAAAUUAUGUAAAAAAUAUACAUCACGUUGAAAUUUCAUGUGAAGAUAUACGGGUUGCUAUGUAUGCAGAUAUGGUACUGAUGGAUAUGUUUUAUCAAGAUGAAUGCAUAGAAGGACCACAAAGCAGUUUGGGUGCUGUAGUAUCUCAAACGUAUGAAGAAUCUGUGCGCGAUCUCAUUCAUGACGAACGACAUUAUCUUCGAGAUUUAUAUAUGAUAAUUAAAGUAUUUAGAGAAGAAAUAGCUAAACUUGCACAAGAUCGAAAUGAAUUAGAAACACUUUUUAGUAAUAUUAUGGAUAUAUAUGAGGUGACAGUUACGUUAUUAGGUAGUCUUGAAGAUAUUAUGGAGAUUACUGAAGAAAGACAAACACCUACAGUUGGUUCUUGUUUUGAAGAGUUAGCUGAAGCGGCUGAAUUUGACGUGUAUAUAAAGUAUGCAAAGGAUAUGAAUAGUCCAGCUAGUCGAGAAGUUUUGACCAAGUUGUUAUCAAGGCCAGAGGCGAAUGCAGCAUUACGAGCUGCUGGUCAUGGUUUUAAAGAAGCUGUUAAAUAUUACUUGCCAAAAUUAUUAUUACAGCCAGUCUGGCAUUGUUUUUUAUAUUUUGAAUAUAUUGAGGUAUUACAUAAACGUACACCAAACAUAGAGGAUAGUGAAACGUUAGAACAAGUUCAAGGAUUGUUACGGCCUUUGCAAAUGGAGCUUUUAAAAUGUGUUGCAAGUCAUCCAAAAAAAGACACUGGGCUGCGUAUGCAAAGUCGAGCAAGAAGGCAUGCGGCACUGGAAAAAACCAGUGAGCUCCAGAAAACUGUUGAUGGUUGGGACCAGAAAGAUAUUGGACAAUGUUGCAAUGAAUUUAUUAGAGAAGAUAUUUUAGUAAAAGUUGCUAGUAAUGGUCGAAGACAGACUGAAAGGAAAGCCUUAUUGUUUGAUGGAUUGUUGGUUUUAUGUAAACCUAGUAGUGGUAAACGAGUGAGUGUGAGUGUUGCGGCUGUUGGUGUUGGCGGUAGUCAUCCUGCACAUCAAGGUGAACUACGGCUGAAAGAAAGAUUUUUUAUUAGAAAAGUAGAUAUUAUAGAUAAAGAAGAUACUGACGAAUUGAAAAAUGCCUUUGAAAUUGCUCCAAGAGAUCAUCCAAAUGUUACACUUGUGGCAAAAUCUAUGGAAGACAAAAAUAGUUGGAUGGCGGAUCUCGUAAUGUUAAAUACAAAAAGUAUGUUGGAAAGAACAUUAGACAGCAUCUUGUUGGAUGAAGAAAGAAAGCAUCCGCUAAGGUUACCACCACCACAUUUAUAUAAAUUUGCUAAACAAGAUUGUCCUGAGAAUCUAGUACUAGAAGCGAGAGAAAAUGGCGGUGUACCGUUGAUAAAAGGUGCUACACUAGUAAAACUUGUUGAAAGGCUUACAUACCAUAUUUACGCAGAUCCGGCAUUUGUACGAACAUUCCUUACAACUUAUAGGAGUUUUUGUUCACCUCAAGAACUACUUGCUUUAUUGAUAGAACGAUUUGAAAUACCUGAGCCAUCAUUAGUUUAUGGAGAAGAAGAAAAACCAAGUGGUUGUAAAGCAACUGCAAGAGAAGACUGGAAACGAUAUCGCAAAGAAUUUUGUCAACCUGUGCAAUUUAGAGUACUCAAUGUUUUGAGACAUUGGGUCGAUCAUCAUUUUUAUGACUUUGAACGAGAUAGAAACCUUUUAGAAAAAUUGCAAUCUUUUCUGGAUACUGUAAAUGGUAAAUCAAUGAGAAAAUGGGUAGACUCAGUUAUAAAAAUUGUACAAAGAAAAUGUGAACCCUCAGAGCAAAGACCCAUAACAUUUAGCUUUGAAAAAUCUCCACCGUCUAUUGAAUGGCAUCUAAAAGUUCCUGAAGAAGAAUGGGGAAUACUUACGUUACACCCUAUUGAAUUAGCGAGACAAUUAACUCUACUAGAAUUUGAAUUAUACAGAACAGUAAAACCAUCAGAAUUAGUUGGCUCGGUAUGGACAAAAAAAGAUAAAGAAAAAACAUCACCGAAUUUAUUAAAAAUGAUUAAACAUACAACAAAUUUUACGAGAUGGCUCGAAAAAACUAUCGUAGAGGCAGAAAAUCUCGAAGAAAGGGUAGCUAUUGUAUCUCGAGCAAUUGAAAUAAUGAUGGUGUUGCAAGAUUUAAAUAAUUUUAAUGGAGUAUUGGCAAUUGUUAGUGCAAUGGGAUCAGCUUCAGUUUAUAGAUUGAAAUUUACAUUUCAACAAAUUCCUGCUAGACUUGAGAAAGCCUUGGAAGAAGCUCGGGAAUUAAAUAAUGAUCAUUUUAGAAAAUAUCAAGAAAAAUUGCGCUCUAUUAAUCCGCCAUGUGUACCAUUCUUUGGCAUGUACCUGACAAAUAUUCUUCACAUUGAAGAAGGAAAUCCAGAUUAUCUUCCUGGUAGUCCGGAGUUAAUAAAUUUCAGCAAACGACGAAAAGUUGCCGAAAUAACAGGCGAAAUUCAACAGUAUCAGAAUCAACCUUAUUGUCUAUCCACUGAACCAAGAAUCAGGCAUUUUUUAGAAAAUUUAUGUCCUUUUGAUCCCACCAUGAAAGAUGCUGAUAUUAGUAAUUAUCUUUAUAAUAAAAGUUUGGAAGUUGAACCACGAGGAUGUCGACAACCUCCACGAGUUCCUAGGAAAUGGCCAGAUCUAAAUCUUAAAUCACCUGGAAUCAAAGCACGAAGUAUGAGUGGAAAACUGCCAGCACCACUUCAGGCUGUGGCUUCUAGUGUUCGGUUACAUGAUCCGACUCCAGAUCCACCGACAGAAUUACCUGAAACUCCACCUCAUACCUCACAGAAUACUAUCCACUCAAGUGAUCACAGUGUUUUUGCGCCUGUCUUGUUAGGUAGCGGACCACUACCUGGAUCACCAGGACCACUGAGUAUAUCGGGCCUUUCUCCGGGCAAUAGUCCACAAUUUGGAUCUCCAGGUCAUCUUCCUUCUCAUCAUCAAUCUCAAACGCAUUUUGGAUUUAAUUCUGGAACAAUCGGAGGAAUGAGUGCUCUUACUGGUCUCACAUCCUCCGGCAGUAGUCCAGGUGCUGCAUUACCAACUCCAACAUCACCUAGUCACGCACCUCUUACGCAACCACCACCUCCUUUACCUCCACGAUGUCACCGAAGACGUGAGAGUUCUAUUAGUGAAUCACCGCAGCAAGCACGUCAAGCACCAAAUGCACCUAUACUUCCUCCUCGAGAAGGAACAUCACCACCACCUCCACUUCCACCAAGAAAAGAUGUGCCACCAAUUACUCUUCCUCCUAGAUUACCAUGCACAUUAAAUCCUAGCACUUCAGCACUGUUGGCCAGGCGAAAUUCUACUCUUGAAGGAACAAACACUAAUCAAACAUCACAUCCAAGGCGUUAUAUGUCUUUUAAUAGCCCUAGUCCAACGAAGCUGCCACCCACCCAGCCAAAUGGUUCAGUGACACCUAGAUUACCACCAAAACCGCUGCCAGGACGUCCGCCAGCAACCAUGUUCAGCUUCAAUGCCCCACCAGGUCCUAGUUAAAUUGCUCACACUGUGGUAAUACAAUCGGGUAAAGUAAAUUUUUCGUCUUUUGAAUGAAUACAGUUUUAGUAAUGUAUAUAAAUUAAAUAUGCGCAAUACAAGUAAGAAAGAAAUGUGAGGAAUAUUUUUUUCCUUUUGGUAAUCAUGUUCAUAUGUAA